GACGUGAUGUUGUGUUAUGUGUGGGUUCUGCAAAACAAACGCGGAAAAUGUCUAAUCCCCCCCCCUCCCCUCUCUCUCUUUCCGCAAUCCCGAUUGACGCCUCCUCAUCGCACAGCUCUACAAAACCCGCGAACCCUCCUCGUUCCUCUCCACGCACACGUCCCGCCUCAAAUCCCUCGAGUUCGCCAACCACAUCCUCAUGCUCACCAACCUCUUCCUCAUCCUCGCCUACUUCGCCUGCCUGCACGCCGUCAAGAACGACAGGAGGUUCGAGUCCACGGGCGCGAUGAUCUUCGCAACCUGCUGGCUGGCGAUCGAGAAUGGGUUUGAGAAUGUGAGCGAGGUCGUGUUUGAGGGGACGAAGGCCGCGGGUCGAGAUGUGGUGGGGGACCCGGGCGUGGUGGGUGGGGGGGUGAGGUUUGUGCUGCCGGCGGGGAUGGAGACGGACAUGAGGGCGGUGCAGGGGGAUGGGAGCGCUGACGAGGGGGGUGACGAUGGCGACGCGGGUGGGAGGAGGGGCAGCACCGGGACGACGUUGGUGACGGGAGGUGUGAAGGCUUCGGCUUCCGUGACGUCGCCGUCGCCGUCAUUCUCGGAUAGGUUCGAACUGGCGGAUAUGCCGCACCGCCGCAUGUCUGGGGUGAAUCACAAUCAGACGAAUACCAAGAACGGUACGACACCCACAUAUGCGCCACCACGACGGCCGUCAACUAGCCCGUUGACUACGAUGUCGGGCCCCGAACAAUCCCCAAAGGUGCCAGCGUCGUCGCGGCGGUCGCGGAGGCCGGGCGCGGGGUUAGAUGGGGUGGACGGACGAGGGGAUGAUGGCGAAUCUGGCCUAUGAUCUCAGUUCCUUUUGAGGGCCGCAUGUGCGCAUAGAGCGGCUCUUUUGCAGGGUGAUGUCCCUACUAUGUACAUAUACCUACACGU